AUGGCCACUGUGCAAGGACAGUCCGAACACGGACAGGUUUUCCAAAGAGUGACCGGUAGAGCGGAAAUGGCUCGAGACCGAGGUGUCAUUGACGAGUCGGAUGUCUCGAAGGCAUUCCGUGAACCUAGUAUCAGCACAUUGUUUAGUGCUCUAAAAGUGGUCCGACUCCUUCGCCUCGGUCGUGUGGUACGAAAGCUGGACCACUAUCUGGAAUAUGGCGCAGCCUUUCUGGUUCUUCUUAUCUUAGUGUUUUUACUAUUUGCCCACUGGUUUGCAUGUAUCUGGUAUUCAAUUGGCUACAGUGAAGCAAAACAGUUAAUCUCAUAUGGCUGGAUGUCGAAACUAAGUGAUGUGACGAAGAAACCAUUUUAUAUAAAUAAAACGGAACUAGGAAGUGAGGAUUUAAACGGUGGUCCGACCAAGGACAUGCGAUACAUGACUUCAUUAUACUUUACGUUAUCUUGCAUGACAAGCGUAGGAUUUGGAAAUGUGGCGGCCAAUACAGUAAACGAGAAAAUAUUUGCUACCUUUAUGAUGAUUUGUGGAGCGUUGUUAUAUGCAACAAUCUUCAGUAAUGUGACGACAAUAUUUCAACAGUUCUACGCUAAUUCAGCAAGAUAUCAUGAGAUGCUUAACAGCGUCAGGGAAUUCAUGAAAAUACAUGACAUACCCGAAGGCCUUAGCGAGAGAGUUAUGGAUUACAUAGUUUCAUCAUGGGCCAUCAGUAAGGGGAUUGAUGCAAAUAAGGUAUUGAAUUAUUGCCCAAAAGAUAUGAAAGCCGACAUCUGUGUUCAUUUGAAUCGGAAAGUCUUUUGCGAACAUCCGGCUUUCCGAUUGGCAAGCGACGGCUGUCUGCGAGCUCUAGCCAUGCAUUUCACGAUGACUCAUAGUGCACCGGGUGAUCUCAUCUAUCAUCAAGGAGAAAGUUUAGACUCAUUAUGUUUUGUGGUCACUGGAUCUCUUGAAGUUAUUCAAGACGACGAAGUGAUUGCAAUCCUUGGUAAAGGUGAUGUCUUUGGAGACAACUUUUGGAAGGAAUCGACAGUUGGACAAUCUGCUGCUAAUGUAAAAGCACUUACAUACUGUGAUCUUCAUGUUAUCAAACGAGACAACUUGUUAAGUGUUUUGAAAUUCUAUCAUUCAUUUUCUCAUUCUUUUGAGCGGAACCUGACGUUGACAUACAACCUGAGACACAGAUUGGUAUUCCGUAAGGUAGCGGAUGUAAAGAAAGAGCGUGAAUUAGCAGAGAAAAGAAAAAACGACCCACCUUUGGAUUUAUCGAGUGAUCACCCGGUGCGAAAAUUAAUUUCUCGGUUCCGGAAAAUUAGCGAUGCCCGUGCUAUACAAACAGACGCCGAGUUGGAUGCGCAAACAAAUAACAACCAUAGUGAGGUUGAUGGGCCUGGUAGCGAAGCCCGUGUGAUUAAUGUGUCUGAGAGUCCGCCUCAAACAAGUAAUGUUCCUAAACUGGGAGGAGGAGGAGGGGGAGCUUCUAAAUGGAAUAAGUUUUUAGGUAAGGAGAAUGGUAGGUCUUCAGAUAUUGCGAGAUCAUCUGAUCAUGGAAAACCAGAUUAUUAUAAAACGACCGGAAGUAAUGUUGAGCAUAAUAUACAGUGUGAGGAACCUAAAAUACCUGACAUUACCAGCCGAUCAUCUGUGAAGCAACUUUCGAAAUGGGGCCGAAUAAUGGCAAAGCAACAAGAUACUAUAGUCGAAGACCCUGAAGACGAAUUGAAAUCAAAUCUACAGAAGAGUGACUCCACAGAUAGUGGCAUACUCAAAAGCAAUGUAAAGCUUGAUCAAAUAUCUGAAGAGCCACCAAAUCACUUAUCAACUAAUGUUUUGUCGACUAAAUUGGUAAGUGAGAAUGAAAAAACUGAUAGUACCGUUGCAGAAAAUACACUUGGUGCUGGGUGGAGCGUUCGUUGGAAUUCAAAUGAACGAGGUUUGUCACUUGGACGACCAACAGAAAGCAGCGCUAAAGAAAGAUUUUUUAAUAUUGGAAAUGCUGAUCAACAAGUAAUGAACUUUCUGGAAGAUAUUCGUCUUGAGCAAAAAGAAGAAUUCAAAAGCAUUAAUACUAGAAUCAGUCGGAUAGAUGAGCAAAUUGGCGAAAUUCUACGACUAUUUACUCCGUCUUCAUCUCCAUGUUCUUCAAGAUUAUCUAGUUUCCCAUGUUCAAAAUACAAUUCUCCAAACACAACUGCCACAAAUACAGAAGUUACGUCACCAAAAAAUUAUCUUUCUUCAUCUCCAAAUUGGAAUUCAUUAGAGAGUAUGCAUACAGUAAGCAAAGGUUCUUCUGUAACAGGGGAACAGUUUCUCAAUAUAGAAGUUUCUCCUAUGCAGCAUCAACCCGUAAUGCCAAUGGAUCAACCAGUGCGAGAUGAAAGUUUAGACUCAAACACAUCAGAUAAUGCUGUCCAGGCAAAGCCAGAUACACCAACAAGCCGAAGAUCCAGCAAAUCUUCAAAUACGUCAUGGAAAAGUUUCUCGAAUGAAAAUAGUAAGAAAAAUAAGGCAAAAACUGAGAAAGGAAAAGAGGACAAAGUAAAAGAAACAAAUUUCGGUGGAAGGAAAGUUGAAGACGAUGAAAAUAUUCCUUUCAAAGAUAAAGAUCUAGAUAUAAUGUAAAUGUUUCAAUUACAUUUGCAAACCUGUUUGAUUGUUAUCCAUAUAGGAUGAGUGAAAGCAAAAUUGUGUUGAAAUACAAAGUUAAACAGAAACAUAAUGAGCUAUUGGAAGACAAAACAUUCCUGAUAUCAUUUGAAUAAAAUGAUAUUCUAAAGUCAGGAGAAACAAAUUUUGAGAAGUAUGGUUUCGAGCAUUCCAUCUGAUAGCAUCACAAAGAAUUCCUUGGAAGUGUUCAAGUGAAGAAAGGCUGAAAUACGGUUAGAAUACUAUUUACACAGUUAUAACCAAAUCUUAAAGGAACUGUAGAUGAUCGUUUGGUUAACGACAUUAUUUUAAAUAUUUUUUAUUGAAACUACUAAAAUGCAUUUUUAUUCAUCAUAAUUAUUGAAGUUUAAUCUUUGUAGGCAACGGAUUUUAAAAUUUAGGACUUUAUGCCUUACAUAUUUAUCUAUAAAUUUGAUUAAUUCAAACGAUAUAUGUAAUUGAUCAUUUGUAACCGAUUUGAUAAGAUUCUAACGAACGUACAGCUCGUGGUAUUUUUUUUUCAUACACAUUCCAAACAACUUUAAUACAAACUAUCUACAUAAAAUAUUUUAAAACUUUAAAAUCACAUUUAUUAAUAUUUCAACUGCAAUUUAUUGCCUUUAUUUGAAAUUCUAAACCUUCUUUUUUGGUGUAACAUUGCCACUCCAACAACAAACGUGCAAUACAUCAUAACUAUCUACCAUCGACUAUUAGAUUGCUAAGGUGAUUGUUUCCUUCACUAUGUGUGAUAAUGUUGCUAACAUCAACACGUAAUGUUUGAUUCUGUGUAGUGCCUUCCUGCAGUUGCAAUCUUAUACAAAUCUCAACAAUUCUACUAUAUAUACAUAUAUAUAUUAUAUAUAUAUAUUAUAUAU